UCGCCAACCAUAACCGUAGUUGACCCCCGUUCACGUCUGCAACUCGCAAUUUUCCCGCCAAUUCUGAAAACUGCGUAGAGGAAGAAGGCUAUUGACGGUAAGACCAAACAUUAUGUUUUUUUUUUUUGUUUCUCUCUUUCUCUCUCACAUCUCUCUCGUCUUUUUGACUUCUUCUCUUGUCUCUUUUUGACAUCUAGCAAUCACGUAGUCUGCAAGACGGAUAAAUGAUACGUAGAAAAAAACCGAUUAAAGGGAGAUAAAAAAGGGAAACAUUCUUGAGAUGUCGAGAUUGUUUCCCCCCUUCACCUGCCAAGCCUUAGUCACCAUUCUACAUUUCACGUGUAACAAUGACCUGGUGUCAGCCGGUACGUCUCCAGGUGAUAACAUUUCAAAAGUGCAUGUGGUGUAGCUUUCCGGAUUCACCCCUUUGGCUAUUGAUCAGGCGCCCCAUGGGGGGCCCUAUGGAGAUUCGGGAAUUUUGAAACAUGAGUUCCGUAUCUCAUAAGAACGUACGGAUUUUUUUUUAAAAAAAAAGAGUUGAGAGCUCUUAUGGUUUCUGAAUAGUUUUUUUUAUUUUUUUUUUAUCCCAAGUGCAAAAAUACGCACCUUUUGAGCGCACCAAUUGAACUUGUGGUGUGAGACAUAUCUAGAGAGCACCGGUUCAAAAAGGUAAAUUCGAAAGCUCACUUCUGAUAGUUUAUAAUGUUUGUUCCUUGCGCUGUACAUAGAUGAUUUCAACAUAAUGGAUAUCUUGCGCUGUACACAUCUGGUCUAAAAAAUAAUGGAUCUCUUGCGCUGUUCAUAGCUGUUCUUAAAAUAAUAGAUAUGUUGCGCUGUUCGGAGCUGAUUCUAAAAAUAAUGGAUAUCUUUGGUUGCACGAGCUGAUCUAAAAAAAAAUAAUAGAUAUCUUUGGUUGUACUUGCUGAUCCAAAAAUAAUGGAUAACCUGCGCUGAACCUAGCGGAUCUAAAAAUAAUGGGCAUCUUCCACUGCAUUUAGCUGGAAAAACGGAAUGGAUAUUUACGAUGCGUCCCUUUUACGUUCAUAUUACACAGCAUCACACAUUGUUAAUAAAUGCAGUGUUCCGAAUUCUGUCACCGGAAAUGUUCUGCAUUCUGUCCUUGAUAUUUUAUUUCUACUGUCCGUGACAAUUUUAUUAUCCUAUAUUGACAGUUUAUGUAUAUCAAAAUGUUCUUUAGGUCUGCAAGGAUGGAAGCUUGAGGAUUAAGGUAUAAGAUGAAACGCUGUUCUGUUCACAGAAAUUUGAAAGUGUUAUGUCCUACUUGUAAGUCUUUUAUCGGGAUAUUCGAGAUUCAAUGGCAUCGACAUUAAAGGAUCUUGGAAAUAAUUCAUUCAGGGGACACAGCAACGUUUUACUUAGCGUGUGUGAUAUAAUUAAGUAUGUGACAUAUUUCAGUUUGGAACAUAAUUCAUUUCGUGACAUCAUUAUUUUUUUAGAUAUAUAACAUAAUGCAGUUUGUGACAUAAUCCAGUUUGUGGCAGAAUUCAUUUUAAUGACAGAAUCCAGUUUGUGACAUAAUUCAGUUUGCGACAUACCGUAUAUACUCGCAUAUAAGCCUACAUCGCAUAUAAGCCGACCCCCCUAUAUAAAACUGCUUUCAUAUGACCCGUUUUUGCAAAAACCCGCUUAUAAGCCGACCAUACAAAUGUCUAAUUUUACUCCAUAUUUUCGGUUCAUAAGAAUGUGUUCCUGUCAAGAUGUAAAAUGCUUACUUUUAUGUUACUUACCAGUUUGUUUACCUUUUGGAAUGACACAAAAACGUGUUCUGCUCCUUCAUACUCAGUCUAAUGAUCAGCUAUGCAUACAUGAAAUUCUUUGCAGUGACACCCUUGUAUAUAUAUAUAUAUAUAUAUAUAUAUAUAUAUAUUAAGUACUCUGUACACACAAUCAAAUAAAAAGCCAGAUAGCGAUGAAAAUGUGUGGCUGGAAAAUUGGCAUUAGUGUCUGUCCUGGUGAAUUUAUAAAUUAAAGAUAAAAAUCGAAUCAAAUUUUAUGGACCCCCAGAACCCAUGUUAAAUCACUUUUUCCAAUGAAUAACUGAUUUUUAUAAUUUUUAAGAAACAUGUUGUGUCCAAUUUUCUGGUCUUAGUCAAAAUCUAAUAUUGUCGUAACUGGAAGUGGUGUGUCGUGACUUGAUGGAGUGUGUCAUGGCUGGAUGUAGUGUGUCGUAACUGAUUGUAAUUUGUCGUGACUGGAUAAAGAGUUUCGUGACUAGAUGUAGUGUGUCGUGAUUGAAUGUAGUGACUCAAUGCAGAGUGUCAUGAUUGGCUCUAAUGUGUCGUGACUGGAGGGAAUGUGUUGUGACGGGAUAUAGUGUGUCGUGAUUGGCUGUAGUGUGACGUGAUUUGAUGUAGUGUGUCGUGAUUGGAUGUUCGUGUGUCACGACUGGAUGACAUGUUACAGGUGACAUAUGUCGGUAAUUUUGAAAAUUUGAUAUUUUUAAAUUUAUUUUGUUUUUUUCCUGACAGUUCUGUUGAUGAGAUUGUGUAGGAUGGAAGAGGCGCGUUUCUGGUCAUGGGAAAUGCCUGUCUCCUUAGAUACAUUUUUUGUAUUUUUUUUCCUUAUAUGAGCUAUACAAAUCUAUUUAAAAAUAAUGAUGCUUAGUGCAGCGGGCUUAGGUCCGCCACGAUCCCUUGACGUCAGUAUUUAUUGGUGCGCAAAAAUGAACCUCUUUUUCUGGACGCUUUCCUCAUCUAAUGAGAACAUUGUGGUGAGUUUGUAUCUACUUUGACACCUGAACGGUGUGAAGUGCAUCAUUUUUGAGAACGGUAAUCAUUCCUGGACCUUUGGCCGGAAUAGCAGGACUAAAAUGUAAAAUUCGCAGCACUUUUUAUGAAUCAUGAAACGCCGGCUAGAUUUAGGUAGUUUUGGUGUGACUCGAUGCAACUACUUUCCUUGAUGCCAUUCAACUGAACCUUUACGUGUCUGAGAAUUUGUGUGUUAAAUGUGAAAGUAUUAGUCAGUUAAAUAUGUCGGUAGUUGUAAAAUAAUUGUGAAUGUAGUUGUGAAUUAAAUGGGUUGGUAAAUGUGAUGUUGACAACGUCUGACCAGCAGUAAUCCCCUCAAACAUUUAAUUGACAACGUCCCUAUUGCAUGGUACGAGACGGAAUUCACAGCAAGAAACCAGGUCGCACGAGCAAUGACAAAGCACAGUUUGUGAUGAGCAAUGACAAGACACAGUUUGUGAUGAGCAUUGACAAAACACAGUUUGUGAUGAGCAAUGACAAAAAGCAGUUUGUGAUGGGCAAUGACAAGACACAGUUUGUGAUGGGCAAUGACAAAACACAGUUUGUGAUGAUCAAUCAUGAUAAAACACAGUUUGUGAUGAGUAAUGACAAAACAAAGUUUGUGAUGAGUAAUGACAAAACACAGUUUGUGAUGGGCAAUGACAAAACACAGUUUGGGAUGAGUAAUGACAAAACAAAGUUUGUGAUGAGCAAUGACAAAACACAGUUUGUGAGGUGUAAUGCAAUACACAGUUUGUAAUGAGCAAUGACAAAGCACAGUUUUUAUUCAGGCCCAAACCUUUGAAAUUCUGGGCCCCAGGCAGCUGACAGAGUUGGGGCCCUUUUGUUUUUCAAACAAGUUCGCAUUUUUUAAAGCGUAUAUAUAUAUAUAUAUAUAAAAAACUGGAAAAAGGGUGAGCCCCCCCGGCUAGCUCGGGCCCCUGACCAGUGCCAUCCUUGUCCCCUCCCCCUGACCGGUGUCAUGCUUGUCUCCCCCCCCUUUUAUGUGCGUGUCUGCUCUUUGAGCAAUGAUCGUGUUUGAAAUCCAGGCAAAUGAUUUCAUAUUUUUUAUAAUUUUGUAGGUGAAGUGAUUUCAAAAUGUCGGUUAAACUUUUACUUACGAAUGCAGGCAUUAUAGAUAUAUCUACAAAGUAGACCCGAUUUCAUCUCGGUCAUUUUUCACCACAUCGAUCGAAUUAUUAUAAUCCAAAAAUAGCUAUUAUUUUUUUUUUUACAAUGUCAUGAUUUUUAAAAUUUUUCCCAUGUUUAUUGUUCAGGGGGAAAAAAAAACCCCUCAUGGUACACACGCCCCUGAGAGUGCUAAACGUGGGAUGGAUGUGAGCUAACAAAAUGCUUACUGCUAGUUAUUUAUGGUAACGGGGCUCCAGUGAUUUGGGGCAGGUGUUCGUCAUGUGAAAAGGAAAUUAAGGUUAAAAGGGCCCCUGUGUUACUUUGAUGCUCUCGGAUGUCGGAAAUGCUCGUUUUAGUGUGUGUGUGUGGGGGGGGGGGGAAGGUAACAGGGAUUCUGCCUCCAGAAAGAGAGUCCGAGGGGAAGGGUCCCUGUUUUUCUUUGAUGCUCUCGGAUGUCGGAAAUGCUCGUUUUAGUGUGUGUGUGUGGGGGGGGGGGAAUGUAACAUGGAUUCUGCCUCCAGAAAGAGAGUCCGAGGGGAAGGGUCGGGACAGAGAGGCGUAGAAUGGUUCUGGAGGUGGAAGAAUACAAAAGGGGUUUUGGUGUUCGGUGAAAUGUGGUGGGGCGCCAGGUGGUGGUGUAAUUCAUCGGGAGGUUGUGUGUGUGAUUGGGUGGAAUUGUGUGAUUGAGUGGAAUUGUGGCGGUGUGAUUGGGUGGGAUUGUGUGAGUGGAAUUGUGGUGGUGUGAUUGGGUGGGAUUGUGUGAUUGUGUGGAAUUGUGGGGGUGUGAUUGGGGGGGGUUGUGUGAUUGGGUGGAAUUGUGGUGGUAUGAUUGGGUGGGGGGAUUGGUUUGAUUGGAUUGGUUUGUCAUAGUUUUAUAUGGUGAAGUUGUGGCGGUGUGUUAGUGUUGGAUUGUGGUUAGUAAUUCGGAAAGGGGUGAGGUGGUGUUUGUACUGGUCUGAUUGUGUGGGACUGUGUGGUGUGAUUGUGUGGAAAUAUGUGGUGUGACUGUUUGGGACUUUGUGGUGUAACUAUGUGGGACUUUGUGGUUUGACUGUGAGGGACUGUGUGGUGUGAUUGUGUGGGAAUAUGUGCUGUGACUGUUUAGGACUUUGUGGUGUGACUGUGUGGGACUUUGUGGUGUGAUUGUGUGGGACUGUGUGGUGUCAUUGUGUGGGUCUGUGUGGUGUGAUUGAGUGGUGGGAUUGAGUCGGGUUGUGGUGUUUUGAUGGGCGUGGGCUGUACGGGUGGAGUUGAUGCGAUCUCAUCAUUGUUGUGUUCAACUAUCAACCGAUGUUAUGGGGUUGAUCAAAGGACCUUAUCUGCUCCUAGGUCAGACCAAAUGCAACACGUGUGAGCUUAAAAUCUUUGACUCAGAUCUACGCAUCAUGCCACACGAAUGAUGAAGUACGUGCGAUGUCACAUGAAUGAUGACAGAUGUGCUUGAUAUAUUUAACUCGGGCCCAUGUGAUGUGUCACGACACAAAAGAUGACAGAUGUGUCAUGUCACAAGGGAUGAACAAUAUGUUUGCUAUGUUUAUCCCCCCUCCCCCCCCCACUCUGUGUUAUGUCACGCGAAUGAUGACAUAUGUACUUGAAACUCAAUACGGUCAAAUAUGGAUCUAUUAAUAUUCACUUGAAUGUGGCCAAUGUUAGCCAUCUCUAAAAAUAACACGAGCAACAAAAAAAAAAACUACAACCAAAAAAUCGCUUCUCAGAUUAAACGUUAGAAAUACGUCCUGGCAGACGCCGACUUGGAAAGGCGCAACACACCAUACGGUUGUUAUUCCAGUCAGUUUCGUUGUUGUAGAUUCCGUGCCUCCUUGUUUUUUGCUCGGAGUGGAUUGGGUGCACGGAUGCCGUGCGCACCAAGCCGCACAUCGGGUGGAUCGUCUUUGGAGCGGACGCUGUGCAAAUAGACACGAGUAGGUGGUCUCGUUUUCAGUGGGGGGGGGGGGGGGGGGGAUGUGUGGGGGGGGGGGGGGGGGGAGGGUGGGGGCGGGGGGGAUCUGGGGGGGGGGGGGGGGGGGGGGAGGGGCAGGGGGAGAUCAUCGUGGUUUCGUUGAAGGGAGGCUAUAAUCGAUGAGUGAGCUAUAAGGAACAGCGUAGGGAGAUGUUGUUAAAGAUACGAUGACAUGAAUUGAAGUAGUUGUCUAGGGGAGGUCAUGAAAUAUAUUCUUUUAUUUCUUUUUUUUUAACUCUCAAAUUGAGAAGAGUAAAAGAGCAUUGACCUUUACUUACCUGCAAAUGAAAUAUCGAAUUGUUUGUGGUGAAGAGAAAUAGUUCAAUCAAAGUUUUAAGCCAGAUGGCAAGGCAAGGGCAAUAAUCGUUGAUUUAAUGUUGAAACCGUCGAGAUCUGACAGGUUUGUGGCAAUGUGUUGCAUCAACGUUGAUGACGUCAGUAGCUUUGCUGAGAUUGUUUGUAGGAACAAGAGGCAUACUAUGGGACAACCGUUUUAGGGGGCUAGUGAGUUUUGUUUAACAGUUACAGCCCUUUUUUGCAUUGACCUAUUUAAACGCUGGCCUAGUUAUACUUUUAUCUAGUCAAAAGUUGACCUAGUUAUGCGCUGGCCUGAUUAUACGUUGGCCCAGUUAUACGUUGAUUUAGUUAAACGCUGACCUAGUUAUAGGCUGACCUAGUUAUGCGUUAGCCUGGUUACGCGCUGGCCUGGUUACGCGUGGGCCUGGUUAUGUGUUGACCUAGUUAUACGUUGACGUAAUUAUGUGUCUGCCUAGUUAGACGUUGACCUAGUUGUACGACCUUCAAUCGUUUCCUCCCUUAUCAAAUCCCACAAUGUUUAAACAUGUUUAUAACAAAGGAAGGGCACGCGCCUAAACUAUUGUAAUGUGAGCGCGCGCUUUAUUGGUUCCACUAAUAAAUAUUCAUCACAUAUUUUUUUGAACCAACCAAAACAACCCUUGUAACAUAAAAAUUAAAGAGACACAACUUCUGUGUAGGUUGGGGGGACAGCGUCACGCUUCUCAAAUUAAACACAACAAACUUUGUCCAAUAGACGGUAGCCUAUGUCUAUUUGUGAAGCGUAACAUAAUGUCAUUGGGAUAACUUAUAGAACAACAGAGGAUCAGUACAGAGGCACAUUGGUCUUACGAUCGCUUGAUCCUUGCAGAUGCACAUUGUUAUAUGGUCUUUUGACCAAUUUGCACCGGAAUACAAACAAAAAAAAGAAGAAAUAUUUUGAAAGACGUAAAUUAAUGACACAGUACGUUUCGAAUUUUUUUGAAAGUCUCAAAUAUCAAAUGACACAUCUCCCAGUCCAAGACAUUUGUAGUUAACAUGUCUCAAAUAUCAAAUGACGCAUCUCCAAGUCCAAGACAUUUGUAGUUAACAUGUUUCAAAUAUCAAAUAACAUCUCUCCAAGUCGAAGACGCAUAUCGUUAAAAUGUCUCAAAAAUUAAAUAACAUUGUCUCCAAAUAUGUGGCAUGUGUUGUUUAAUUACUUUUUAAAACAAACAUCUUUCCAGAUCAAACUAAAUUAAAAAAAAAAAAUGAUUUCAAGCGGUAAACCUUCGAAUGGGGUCACGUCCCGUCAACAUAUCUUCUAACAGCAGCGGUGGUGGUGGUGUGCCAGGCAGAAGCUGAAGCUGUCAGACUGAGCCCAACGAUAACACUACAUCACCCCUUGCCACGUGUGCACACACGUUUCCGAUAAUGUAUUCGUGACGUCAGUUUCGUGUACUCACGCCACGUGACACUGCGUCACACGAAAUUGAUGACGUCAUUAUUCAAUGAUUUUUUUCCUCUUGGGAUAUGGGUAAAUGAAAGCAUGUAAACUUUUUUUUUUUUUACAUGGUGGAAAGGUGAUUGCUGGGUGGAUUGUGUGUGUGUGGGUGGAGUAUGAGUGCAUGUGGCCGUGAGUUGCGUGGGGAUGGUUUGUGCGUGAGGGUUGGUUUCGUGACGUCAGUUUCGUGUACUCACCCCACGUGACACUGCGUCACCCGAAAUUGAUGACUGCAUUAUUCAAUGAUUUUUUUCCUCUUGGGAUAUGGGUAAAUGAAAGCAUGUAAACUUUUUUUUUUUUUUACAUGGUGGAAAGGUGAUUGCUGGGUGGAUUGUGUGUGUGUGGGUGGAGUAUGAGUGCAUGUGGCCGUGAGUUGCGUGGGGAUGGUUUGUGCGUGAGGGUUGGUUGUGAGGGGAGGUAUUGUUGUGUGUGGGUUGUUGUGUGUGGGGUUGAUUGUGUAAGGGAGGUUGCUUGCGUGAGUGGUGGGGAAGGGGGGGGGGCUGUGUGUUGGUGACUGGCUGGGCGUGGGAGGUUAUAUCUGGGGAGGGGGGAUUGGUUGUGUGUGUGGGUGUUUAUUUUUUGUUUAGUUGGUUGUGUGUGGGGUUUGGUGGUGUGUGGGGUUUGGUGGUGUGUGGAGCGUCGUGUGUGUCUAGUGGGAGUCAAUCGGGUCCUAUAAUUUUAUUAUUGCUUAGAAACAAAUACACAUGAUGUCUUUAUAUAAUACAUUUGUAAUGUAAUGUGUCUUUAUAUAAUACAUUUGUAAUGUAAUGUGUCUUUAUAUAAUACAUUUGUAAUGUAAUGUGUCUUUAUAUAAUACAUUUGUAAUGUAAUGUGUCUUUAUAUAAUACAUUUGUAAUGUAAUGUGUCUUUAUAUAAUACAUUUGUAAUGUAAUGUGUCUUUAUAUAAUACAUUUGUAAUGUAAUGUGUCUUUAUAUAAUACAUUUGUAAUGUAAUGUGUCUUUAUAUAAUACAUUUGUAAUGUAAUGUGUCUUUAUAUAAUACAUUUGUAAUGUAAUGUGUCUUUAUAUAAUACAUUUGUAAUGUAAUGUGUCUUUAUAUAAUACAUUUGUAAUGUAAUGUGUCUUUAUAUAAUACAUGUGUAAUGUAAUGUGUCUUUGUAUAAUACAUUUGUAAUGUAAUGUGUCUUUAUAUAAUACAUUUGUAAUGUAAUCAGUUUAUACCUAAUUCUACGUUAGCAGGUAAUCCCUUGUCCGGGGAUAGCAGGUAAUCCCUUGUCCGGGGAUAGCAGGUAAUCCCUUGUCCGGGGUUAGCAGGUAAUCCCUUGUCCGGGGUUAGCAGGUAAUCCCUUGUCCGGGGUUAGCAGGUAAUCCCUUGUCCGGGGUUAGAAGGUAUUCCCUUGUCCGGGGUUAGCAGGUAAUCCCUUGUCCGGGGUUAGAAGGUAUUCCCUUGUCCGGGGUUAGCAGGUAUUCCCUUGUCCGGGGUUAGCAGGUAAUCCCUUGUCCGGGAAUAGCAGGUAAUCCCUAGUCCUGGGUUAGCAGGUAAUCCCCAGUCCUGGGUUAGCAGGUAAUCCCUAGUCCUGGGUAAGCAGGUAAUUCCUAGUCCGGGGUUAGCAGGUAAUCCUUAGUCCUGGGUUAGCAGGUAAUCCCUAGUCCUGGGUUAGCAGGUAAUCCCUAGUCCUGGGUUAGCAGGUAAUUCAUAGUCCUGGGUUAGCAGGUAAUCCCCAGCCCUGGGUUAGCAGGUGAUCCACAGCCCUAGAUUAUCAGGUAAUCCCUAGUGAUUGGUUAACAGUUACCCAGUGUGGAGUGGAUGUGCUAGAGUGGAAUAAAUGUUGCUGUUGUGGAGUGGAUGUUGCUGGGGUGGUGUGGAUAGGACGAGGUUUGGUUGGUUGGUCUUGUGUUCACUGGAUAGUGCUGGGUACGGUUAGAUGUUGCUGAUGUCUGGUGGUAAUGUGUUCUAGUCGAGAGGAAAAGUCUGGGGUGGGGGUCGCAUAUUAAAUUCUAAAUAUUCUCUUUUCCCCAUUGCACUGGUAUCAAAGAGAGGAUGACGUCACUGGCCCACAAUAAGAAAUUAACACCUUUUUACCUGUUGCCGAAAAUAGAACGCUUCUGAACUUUACGACAUGUCUGGCUUAAGUGGUGUGUGAUGAAGAAGGUGUGUUUCCAGCAAUGAAGAGAUGGAAGUAUUACUUUUUGCGAUGAAGAAGGUGUGCCUCCAGCAAUGGUGAGCUUAAAGUGUGGUGUGCGUAAUGAAGAAGGUGUGGAAUUAAGAGGGUGUUUGAUCAAGGGGGUAUGUGAUGAAGAAGACUCGCUCGCAGCUUUCAGAGAGCUUUAAGUGUGGGGCGUGUGAUCAAGAAGGUGUGUGUGUUGAAGAAGGUGUGGCAUUAAGAAGGUGUUUGAUGAAGAACGCAAGACCCCCCCCCCCCCCGAGCAAUGGUCAUGAAUCGGAACCCAGCGUGACUUCUACCCAGGACUCUAAGACGCGAAGCAGCGCCCGCUUCAUGUGAAUUGUGAAGUUGGAUGGACAAAAGCUGAUUGAGUGACCAUCUCUCUGGCCAUACCCGCAGUGUUGCACAACUCGUAAUAGUAUUAAAGGGGAAUAAGAACUAUGGUAGUAUAUUUAAGAGGUAAAAAAGAAAAACAAACAGAAAGAAAGAGGGAGGAAUAACAUUUUUAAAAUAUCUGUUUUGUUUGUAAACUUGAAUUAUUGCCGUAUUAGGAAUCAAUUUUCAACAGGAUUGCUUCAAAACCUUUAGUUUUUUCCUACUUUCCUGCAAAAAAACUAUUUUUUUUUUUUUUUUAACAUUUUUCAUUUUUUUGGUUUUUAGUUGGUUUUGUUUAUGUUUAUUUGCUUCAUUUACCUUAUCAAACAUACUAAUAGCAAUGGUGUGCGACAGCAUCGUAGAGUAGUCUUAAUUUGUUUAUGCAUCAGACAGUGGCAACUUUUUCAAUUUCAAAACCUUUAGUUUUUUCCUACUUUCCUGCAAAAAAACUAUUUUUUUUUUUUUUUUUAACAUUUUUCAUUUUUUUGGUUUUUAGUUGGUUUUGUUUAUGUUUAUGUGCUUCAUUUACCUUAUCAAACAUACUAAUAGCAAUGGUGUGCGACAGCAUCGUAGAGUAGUCUUAAUUUGUUUAUGCAUCAGACAGUGGCAACUUUUUCAAAGAAUAAUUAAUCUGUGGCGUAAACCAAGUGAAUGGUUGGACAGGUUGCUGAAGUGUAAACUAAGUGAAUAUUUGGACGGGCUGUGGUCGUUGAAACUAAGUGAAUAAUUGCACGUGUUGCCGCAGUAGAAAUGAUUAGCCAACUCUUUGAUUUGUGUCUUUCAAAGUGGCACACCUUGUCCUUAUCAAUCCGUGUCGGACAGUCUUGACAUGAAGCUAAAACUAGUAGGCUUUGGCCGUCCAUCUUGGGCUGUAUGACAUACGCUAAAACUCGUAGGUUUUGGCCGUCCAUCUUGGGCUGUCUGUUUUACGCUAAAACUAGUAGGUUUUGGCCGUCCAUAACAUCGGCUCCACCCACCUGGUUGUUUCAAAUCCCGGAAGUUGUGAAAUAAGACCAGCAAACGUUACGGUCCCGGAGACCGUUGGAAGGUUUCAGCCAACGUCUGGCACGCGCACAAACCAACAGACAAACAGGUGUUUUUAACACCCCCCCCCCAACCCAAAAAGUUAAAAAUAGAAUGAAGGUAAUGUUGGUGUACACAUGUUGCUUAAAAAAAAAAAACUCAACGUUUCAAGAAUCUUUGAUCAAUGUGUUCCUGUGUUUUUAACCCCCCCCCCCCAACCCAAAAAGUUAAAAAUAGAAUGAAGGUAAUGUUGGUGUACACAUGUUGCUUAAAAAAAAAAAAACUCAACGUUUCAAGACUCUUUGAUCAAUGUGUUCCCGUUGAUUGGUUGUUUUUUUUGUUUUUAAUGCUUGUUUGUUUGUUGUCUUUUAAUCUGUUUUUAAAACUUGAGGUCAAAUUUUUGGGGGGCUUACGGAUAUGAGAAAUGUGUCAAAUAACUUGUCAGGAAUAACGCGGUAAAGCUCCAAAGAUUGUGAGGACAUGGCUGUGUUCGAACUGUUCAAAUAUUUGUUUGCUUUGACCGCGCACGUUGGCUUUAUGUCAUACAAAAAUCGAAAUAAAUCUCAAAGGCUUUCAUCUCCUCUUGUACCAAUCAAAAAUUGAUCUAUACAAUUAUUAGACAAAAAUUGAUCUCUGCAAUUUUUAGACAAAAAUUGAUCUAUACAAUUUUUAGACACACUGAUACAGCUAUAAAAAGCUGGGUUGAAACACUGUUCCCAAGGGACACAAGAAAUUAGUGGCACGUCCGUGUGUGAGGGAAUCAUUCGAAUUUUGUUUUUGCUUUUGAGGGGGGGGGCUUAAGAUAUCCAGACAGUGCCCUCCACCCCCGCCCCCUCCACCCCUUACCACACCCAGAAGUCUACAACCGGUGGAACGAUUUUUCCUCUAGGAUGGAGCUUGGGUCGGUCGUGUCAUUCCCACCGCCCUAUGGACGCCCCUGGAGAAAAAAAAUUGUCCCAUUCCCUGCGCCCUAUGGACGCCCCUGGAGAAAACAACUACACCAAACCCUGUGCCCUAUGGACAACCCCGGAGGAACUAACUUUCCCAAACCCUAUGCCCUAGGGACAACCCGGAGGAACUAACUUUCCCUAAUCCUGCGCCCUAGGUACAACCCGGAGGAACUAACUUUCCCAAACCCUGUGCCCCAGGGACAACCCGGAGGACCCAACUGUCUCAAGCCCUGUGCCCUAGGGACAACCCAGAGGAACUAACUUUCCCUAAUCCUGUGCCCUAGGGACAACCCGGAGGAACUAACUUUCCCAAACCCUGUGCCCUAGGGACAACCCGGAGGAACUAACUGUCUCAAACCCUGUGCCCUAGGGACAACCCGGAGGAACUAACUGUCUCAAACCCUGUGCCCUAGGGACAACCCGGAGGAACUAACUUUCCCAAACCCUGUGCCCUAGGGACAACCCGGAGGACCCAACUGUCUCAAACCCUGUGCCCUAGGGACAACCCCGGAGGAACUAACUGUCUCAAACCCUGUGCCCUAGGGACAACCCGGAGGACCCAACUGUCUCAAGCCCUGUGCCCUAGGGACAACCCGGAGGAACUAACUGUCUCAAACACUGUGCCCUAGGGACAACCCGGAGGAACUAACUGUCUCAAACCCUGUGCCCUAGGGACAACCUGGAGGAACUAACUGUCUCAAACCCUGUGGCCUAGGGACAACCCGGAGGACCCAACUGUCUCCAGCCCUAUGCCCUAGGGACAACCCGGAGGACCAACUUUCUUAAACCCUGUGCCCUAGGGACAACCCGGAGGAACUAACUUUCCCAAACCCUGUGCCCUAGGGACAACCUGGAGGAACCAACUUUCCCAAACCCUGUGCCCUAGGGACAACCCGGAGGAACUAACUUUCCCAAACCCUGUGCCCUAGGGACAACCCGGAGGAACUAACUGUCUCAAACCCUGUGCCCUAGGGACAACCUGGAGGACCGAACUGUCUCAAGCCCUGUGCCCUAGGGACAACCCGGAGGAACUAACUUCCCAAACCCUGUGCCCUAGGAACAACCCGGAGGAACCAACUUUCCCUAAUCCUGCGACUAAUAACAGAAACCUCGGAGAAUAUACCAGCCCACAGCCCUGCAAACAUCCUUAGAUGAAAUACAUAGCUCACUGUCAUACUAACACUCUUAGAUGAAAUACCUGCCCCUAGCCCACUGCUCUAUAAACACCCUUAGAUGAAAUACCUUCCCCUAGACUACUGCCUUACAAACACCCUUAGAUGAAAUACAUCCCCCUAGCUCACUGCCUUACAAACACCCUUAGAUGAAAUACCUGCACCUAGCUCACUGCCUUACAAACACCCUUAGAUGAAAUACCUGCACCUAGCCCAACUGCUCUAUAAACAUCCUUAAAUGAAAUACCUUUCCUUAGCCCACUGCCCUAUAAACACCCUUAGAUGAAAUACCUGUCCCUAGCCCAACUGCUCUAUAAACGCCCUUAUAGGAAAUACCUGCCCCUAGUUCAACUGCUCUAUAAACACCCUUAAAUGAAAUGCUUGCCCUCGUGUGAAAUUACUCCCCUCCUUACCCUGUUUAUGUUGAAAACGAAUCCAUUUCUUCCCUCUCCUCCAUCUCUUCCAUACUCUCCUUCUCCAUCUGCUCGUCCAUAAAACAUCAAACAACAAAACAAAAACAAAAACACAUUAAGUUUUUUUAAAAACCCUCUAAAACUAAAAUUAAACAUAAGAGAAUGAUUUUUUUCGUCAGCCUUUAAAAGCCCAUCGUAAAACACAGAAGAUCUUUGUUCUAUCCUCGUUUGCCAUAUUGCCAACAAAUAAUUGCCCCCAAAGCCCCCCCCCCCCUCGUGCGAGUGCGCCCCUUAAUGAGUUGGCACAUUAGAGGUCUGCAAGAAUAAGAAGAUUGCACCGGUAGACCACCGGUAGCUUGAGGAUAGACUGGUCUCUCGUCUUACCCAGGUAACAGAUCCACUGGUUGUGAUGGGACACUAACAUAGAUCUCUAGUCUGUGAUGGGUCACUAACAUAGAUCUCUAAUUUGUGAUAGGAUACUAGCAUAGAUCUCUAGUAUUUUGUGGGAUACUAAAAUAGGUCUCUAGUUUGUGAUGGGAUACUAACAUAGACCUCUAGUUUGUGAUGGGAUACUAACAUAGAUCUCCAUUUAGUACUGGGAUACUAACAUUGAUCUCUAGUUUGAGCUGGGAUACUAACAUAGAUCUUUUAUUUCUAAAUCUCGGAGACCCCAGAUGUAGAAUCGUCAUCUUUCAGGGAAAAAUAAAUGCGCUUAUUUACGUUGCGAAACUGUCUUUCUGACUGACUUGUCUACAUUUCCAGCCAUUCCAUACAGUCAUCCCAUUCAGCAACCCAUCUAGCCAUCCCUUGCAGCAAUCACAUAGAGUCAUCCCAUCCAGCCAUCCCUUCCGGUCAUUCCAUCAAGUCAUCCCAUCCAGUCAUCCCUUCCAGCCAACGCACCCAGUCAUCCAAUCCAAUUAUCCAAUCCAGUUAUUUAAUCCAACCAUCUCAAACAGCUUCCCUUCCAGCUUCCCAUCCAGCUUCCCAUCCAGCCAUCCCUUCCUGCCAUCCCUUCCAGCCAUCCCUUCCAGCUUUCUCAUCCAGUCAUUCCAUCCAGUCAUUCCAUCCAGUCAUCAUAUCCAGCCAUCCCAUUCAGUCAUCCCAUCCAGCCAUGCCAUCCAGCCCUCUCAUCCAGCCAUCCCAUCCAGCCAUCCCAUCCAGUCAUCCCCUCCACCCCCCCCCCCCCCCCCUCGAGCUCCGGUGGGGACUGGAGUUCAGCCGUGUGCUCUUCCGACCCCCCGCCAUGCCACCCAGCCCCCUCACCCAGCCAUCCCACCCAGCCAUCCCAUCCAGUCAUCCCAUCCAGCCCCCCCCCCCCAUCCAGCCAUCACAUCCUGUCAGCCUAUACAGCUGAUCGUAUAACACCGAUGGGGACAAACACCAGAGCGAACACACACCAUAUCCUUUGUAGCCGUAGGGAGAGUCAACAUGACUCGGUUGUUGGGGUUCACACACCCACCCCCCACCCCCAUUUGAACAAUUUAGCUGGGACUCAAUGACGAACAGGCUACUCAGUGACGUCAAUCUGUCUACACUUGGCUUCAUACGCCCUCGUUAAGGCCAGUACACCCAAGAUAAGGUCCAUCCGCCCAUUUUAAGGUCAAUACGCCCCGUUAAGUCUUAUACGCCCAUUUAAGGUCAAUUCGCCGACUUGUUCGUUUUGACCCCUAGACAAUCCCCACUCUUCUGUUAAUUUUGCUUUAGCACAAAACAAAACAUCACCAGUCAUCCAUCAUCUCAAGUCAGUCAUCGGACUUUUUUAUACUAGUUAUUGGAACUCUUUACACAAGUCAUUGGACCUCUUUACACAAGUCAGUAAAACUCUUUACACAAGUCAUUGGACCUCUUCACACCAGUCAUUGGACCUCUUCAAACCAGUAAUUGGACAUCUUCAUACCACUCAUUGGAUCUCUUCACACUAGUAAUUGGACCUCUUAACACCAGUAAUUGGACCUUUUCACACCAGUGACUGGACCUCUUCACACCAGUGAUUGGACCGCUUCACACCACUCAUUGGACCUCUUCAUACCACUCUUUGGACCUCUUCAUACAAGUAAUUAGACACCUUCACACCAGUCAACGGCCUCUUCACACCAGCCAUUGGACCCCUACACACCAGUCAAUGGACGCCUACACACCAGUCAAUGGACCCCCUUCAUACCAGUCACUGGACCACUUCUUGACACGACGGUAAGAAGAUGCCAGAGUCAAGAUAAGAGAGAAGGUUGAGCCCAAGCAAUCAGUCAAUAUUGCCAAUAAAUGUCGAUAGGAUGGCGUAGGAGGUUGCCUGAAAUAGUCCCCAAAUUGGAAUCCAAAACUGAUCCUCAUCCACCCCCUCACCCAUCGCCCCCCCCCCACCCUUUACUUUUUUUAACUUUGGUAGCACGCCUCAACAUAUGAAACGGCCGACUACAGUAAUGGGCGGGGUGGGGGGUAGAGGGGUGCUGGAAUUAUUUGGGAAGGAAUGGGGCCAAUGUGCUUGAAUUAUCUGGGAGGAAGUGGGACAAAUGUGCUGGAAUUAUUUUGGAUGAAGUGGGACAAAUGUGCUGGAAUUAUCUGGGAUGAACUGGGACAAAUGUGCUGAAAUAAUCUAGGAUGAAGUGGGACUAAUGUGCUGGAAUUAUCUGGAAUGAUCUGGGACAAAUGUGCUGGCAUUAUCUGGAAUGAAGUGAGUCUAAAUUAUCUAGGAUGUAAUGGGCCUAUUGCGCUGGAAUUAUCUGGGAUGAGGUGGGUCAAAUGUGCUGGAAAUAUCUUGGAUGAAGUGGGACAAAUGUGCUGCAAUAAUCUGGGAUGAAGUGGGGCAAAUAUGCUGGAAUUAUCAGGGAUGAAGUGGGGAAUUGUGCUGGAAUUAUCUGGGAUGAAGUGGGGCUAAUGUGCCGGAAUAAUUUGCGAUGAAGUGGGACAAAUAUGCUUGAAUUAUCUGGGAUGAAAUGGGACAAAUGUGCUGUAAUUAUCGGGGUUUAGGUGGGGAAAAUUUGCUGGCAAAUGUGUUGGAAUUAUCUGGGGAUGGGGGCCUAGGUACUUGAUUAUCUGGGGUGGUGAUCUAGGUAAUGGAUUUACUUGGGUUGGGGGCCUUGAUGCUGGAUUAUCGGGGAUGAGGGCCUAGGCGCUGUAUUUAUCUGGGGUGGAGGUAUUUAGAGACACGGGAAAUCCUUUGCUCAAAAAAGGUGUUAGGGUGCUAAAAAUAAUCAGAGGUUCUCAAACAUCGUAAUGACUGUUGUGCUAAGAGGGCUUACUUACUUACUUACUUAUGCCUUUUUACCCCGUCUGGGGCAUAGGCAGUCCACAAGGAUUUUCCACUAAUCACGGUCAUGUGCUUUCCUUUCCAAUUGCUUCCAGGCGUAUCUCAAGUUUUGUGUGUCCGCCUCUAGCUCUCGUCUCGAUGUAUUCUUAGGCCUUCCUCUCGUUCUUUUCCCCUGUGAGUUCCAUGUUAGGGGUUUUCUGGUGGUGCUAUCCUGGGGGUCUUCGGAGCGUAUCCAUCUCCAUCUUUUCUUUAUGAUAUCUUCAUCAAUGGGCACCUGGUAUGUCCUUUCUAGUAUAUAUUUUUUUGGUGAUAGUAUUUGGCCAUUUGACGUUUAGGAUCUUUCUAAGGCAUGUGUUUAUGAAUGUCUGCACUUUCUGCGUCAUGCUCGCUGUUGUUUUCCACGUUUCUGCUCGAUAUAGUAGAACUUUUUUAACAUUUGUAAUAAAGAUUCUAACUUUGGUUUGCAGUUUCAGCUCCUUCGACUCCCAUGUUUUCUUUAACAGCACCAAUUAUGAUCUAGCUUUUCUAAUUCUGGCCCUUACGUCCGCAUUGGAUCCGCCAUUUGUGUCGAUGGUGCUGCCCCUAAGUAUGUGAAGGCCUCCACUUCUUCCAGUGCCUUUCCUGCCAGAUAGAUAUGCUCUUGGUUGGAUGAGUUUACCUUCAUGAUUUUUGUCUUGCUUUCAUUUAUAUUUAGACCAAGCUGUGCUGAAAAGGUGGCUACGUCUUUUGCCUUUUCCUGCAUUUGUUGCUGGUUGUGGGACAGAAGUGCAAUGUCGUCUGCAAAUUCUAAGUCAUUCAGUUGUUCCCAGAGUGUCCACUGUAUCCCAUUCCUCUUUUUUUCUGUGGAUUUUUUUUCAUUAUCCAGACAAUGGCAAUGAUGAAUAGAAAUGGGGAUAAGAGGCAUCCUUGUCUGACUUCUGUUUCGACUGUAAAGGAAUCUGUGAGUCUACCUUCCUGGACCACCCUGCAUGUCAUUUCUUUAUAGGAGCUCUGGAUGAUCCUGACUAGUUUUCCUGGUACUCCAUAGUGCCGAAGAAGUUUCCACAAAGUUUGUCGUCCAGGCUAUUAAAGGCCUUUUCGUAGUCUAUAAAAUUUAUAUGUAGGGGGAAGUUCCAUUCUUCUUCUUCUUCUUCUAUAUCUUAAGGGCCCACGAUCAAUUUAUUGAUCAUUUUGGCUCCUAUGCAUGUAGAUGGGAUUUGCAAUGUUUCUGUUACUGGUGGUGAUGAGGAAAUUAUGCACUAGGGGUUUGAAGGCUUGAUCCUGAUUGUCUUGGGCAGGAAUGAGCAGCUCCUAUACUGGCUUCUUGCUGGUAUGAGCCUGAAUUGCCUGUCAUGGCCUCGUCGCUGUCUAUGGGGGAGAGGGACGAGUUUCUGUUUAAUACUGGAACAGUGGAUGGACUGUUCUAUAAUGAUUCUUAGAGUUGCGAUUUGAUCUCUGCAUGAUCUGUUUUGACGAAAGCCGACCUGUUGAUCUCGUAGCUGGAUGUCGCCCUGGUCUUUCAUUCUGUUCAAAAUAAUUCUGUUUAAGACCUUUCCUGGUGCAGAUAGCAAUGUGAUUCCUCUGUAAUUAGCACAAUUGCUGAGAUCACCUUUCUUUGGGAACUUGAUGAGAUAUCAUUCUUUCCAAUCUUUUGAAAUUAUCUGGGAUGAAGUGGGAAAAAUGUGCUGGAAUUAUCUGGAAUUAACUGGGACAAAUGUGCUUGAAUUAUCUGGGAUGAAGUGGGUCUAAUGUGCUGGAAUUAUCUAGGGAACUGGGACAAAUGUGCUGGUAGUAUCUAGGAUGUAAUGGUCGAAAUGCGCUGGAAUUAUCUGGGAUGAGGUGGACAAACAUGCUGGAAUUAUUUGGGAUGAGGUGGGACAAACAUGCUGGAAUUAUCUGGGAUGAGGUGGGACAAACAUGCUGGAAUUAUCUGGGAUGAGGUGGGACAAACAUGCUGGAAUUAUCUGGGUUUAGGUGGUGAAAAUGUACUGGUAUUAUCUAGGAGCUAAUGGGACAAAUGUACUGGAAUUAUCUAGGAGCUAAUGGGACAAAUGUACCGGAAUUAUCUAGGAUGUACUGGGACAAUCUAGGAUGUACUGGGACAAAUGUACUGGUAUUAUCUAGGAUGUAAUAGGCCAAAUGCGCUGGAAUUAUCUGGGAUGAGGUGGGACAAAUGUGCUGGAAUUAUCUGGGAUGAAGUGGGUCUAUUGAGCUGGAAUUAUCUGGGAUGAAGUGGGUCUAAUGUGCUGGAAUUAUCUAGGAUGUACUGGGACAAAUGUACUGGUAUUAUCUUGGAUGUAAUGGGCCAAAUGCACUGGAAUUAUCUGGGAUGAGGUGGGACAAACAUGCUGGAAUUAUCUGGGUUUAGUUGGUGAAAAUGUACUGUUAUUAUCUAGGAUGUAAUGGGACAAAUGUACCGGAAUUAUCUAGGAUGUAAUGGGACAAAUGUACUGGAAUUAUCUAGGAGCUAAUGGGACAAAUGUACCGGAAUUAUCUAGGAUGUACUGGGACAAUCUAGGAUGUACUGGGACAAAUGUACUGGUAUUAUCUAGGAUGUAAUAGGCCAAAUGCGCUGGAAUUAUCUGGGAUGAGGUGGGACAAAUGUGCUGGAAUUAUCUGGGAUGAAGUGGGUCUAUUGAGCUGGAAUUAUCUGGGAUGAAGUGGGUCUAAUGUGCUGGAAUUAUCUAGGAUGUACUGGGACAAAUGUACUGGUAUUAUCUUGGAUGUAAUGGGCCAAAUGCACUGGAAUUAUCUGGGAUGAGGUGGGACAAACAUGCUGGAAUUAUCUGGGUUUAGUUGGUGAAAAUGUACUGUUAUUAUCUAGGAUGUAAUGGGACAAAUGUACCGGAAUUAUCUAGGAUGUAAUGGGACAAAUGUACUGGUAUUAUCUAGGAUGUAAUUGGACAAAUGUACUGGAAUUAUCUAGGAUGAAGUGGGACAAAUGUGCUGGAAUUAUCUAGGAUGUACUGGGGCAAUUGUAAUGGUAUUAUCUAGAAUGUAAUGGGCCAAAUGCGCUGGAAUUAUCUGGGAUGAGGUGGGGAAUUGUGCUGGAAUUAUCUGGGUUUAGGUGGAGAAAAUGUGCUAGAAUUAUCUAUGAUGAAGUGGAUGUACUGGGACAAAUGUACUGGUAUUAUCUUGGAUGUAAUGGGCCAAAUGCACUGGAAUUAUCUGGGAUGAGGUGGGACAAACAUGCUGGAAUUAUCUGGGUUUAGGUGGUGAAAAUGUACUGUUAUUAUCUAGGAUGUAAUGGGACAAAUGUACCGGAAUUAUCUAGGAUGUAAUGGGACAAAUGUACUGGUAUUAUCUAGGAUGUAAUGGGACAAAUGUACUGGAAUUAUCUAGGAUGAAGUGGGACAAAUGUGCUGGAAUUAUCUAGGAUGUACUGGGGCAAUUGUAAUGGUAUUAUCUAGAAUGUAAUGGGCCAAAUGCGCUGGAAUUAUCUGGGAUGAGGUGGGGAAUUGUGCUGGAAUUAUCUGGGUUUAGGUGGAGAAAAUGUGCUAGAAUUAUCUAUGAUGAAGUGGAUGUACUGGGACAAAUGUACUGGUAUUAUCUUGGAUGUAAUGGGCCAAAUGCACUGGAAUUAUCUGGGAUGAGGUGGGACAAACAUGCUGGAAUUAUCUGGGUUUAGGUGGUGAAAAUGUACUGUUAUUAUCUAGGAUGUAAUGGGACAAAUGUACCGGAAUUAUCUAGGAUGUAAUGGGACAAAUGUACUGGUAUUAUCUAGGAUGUAAUGGGACAAAUGUACUGGAAUUAUCUAGGAUGAAGUGGGACAAAUGUGCUGGAAUUAUCUAGGAUGUACUGGGGCAAUUGUAAUGGUAUUAUCUAGAAUGUACUGUGCCAAAUGCGCUGGAAUUAUCUGGGAUGAGGUGGGGAAUUGAGCUGGAAUUAUCUGGGUUUAGGUGGAGAAAAUGUGCUAGAAUUAUCUAUGAUGAAGUGGGGCUUAUGUGCCGGAAUAAUUUGGGAUGAAAUGUGACAAAUAUGCUUGAAUGAUCUUGGUUUAGUUGGUGAAAAUGUGCUGGCUAAUUUGUUGGAGUUAUCUGCGGGUGGGGGCGGAGGUACUGGAUUACCUGGGAUGGUGAUCUAGAACUGGAUUUAUCUGGGAUGGAGGCAUUUAGAGAACGAGAAAUCCUUUGUUGAACUAAAUGUGUUAGGAUGUUGAAAUAAUCAGAGGUUCUCAAACAUCGUGAUGACUAUAAGGCUAAGAGGGCUUGGGUUGUUGCUUGUUUGGGUCAAGGGACUGAAUAAUGGCAUUGCGUAAAAUGUCCACCGUAGUGUUGGGUCAACUGUCCACUGUUUUGUUGGGUCAACUGUCCACCGUUGUGUUGGGUCAACUGCACACUGUGUUGUUGGGUCAAAUGUCCACUCUGUUGUUUGGUCAACUGUCCACUGUGAUGUUGGGUAAACUGUCCACUCUGUUGUUGGGUCAACUGUCCACCGUUGUGUUGGGUCAACUGUCCACUGUGUUGUUUGGUCAACUGUCCAAUGUGAUAUUGGGUAAACUGUCCACUCUGUUGUUGGGUCAACUGUCCAACGUUUGUGUUGGGUCAACUGUCCACUCUGUUGUUGGGUAAACUUUCCACUCUGUUAAUAGGUCGAUUGUCCACUGUUUUGUUGGGUCAACUGUCCACUGUUUUGUUGGGUCAACUGUCCACUAUGUUGUUGGGUCAACUUUCCACACUGUUGUUGGGUCAACUGUCCACUGCUUUUUGGGGUGAACUGUCCACUGUUUUUUUUUGGUUCAACUAUCCACUGUGUUUUUGGGUAAACUGUCCACUCUGUUGUUGGGUCAACUGCCCACUGUGUUUUUGGGUAAACUGUCCACUCUGUUGUUGGGUCAACUAUCCACUGUGUUUUUGGGUAAACUGUCCACUCUGUUGUUGGGUCAACUAUCCACUGUGUUUUUGGGUCAACUGUCCACUUUGUUGUUAGGUCAACUGUGUUGUUGGGUCAACUGUCCACUCUGUUGUUGUGUGAACUUUCCACUCUUUUGUUGGGUCAUCUGUCCUCUGUGUUUUUGGGUCAACUGUCAAUCUUUGUGUUGGGUCAAAUGUCCACCGUUGUGUUGGAUCAAAUGACCACCGUUGUGUUGGGUCAUUUCAACAAGGUCAUUUCAACAAGGUCAUUUCAACAAGGUCAUUUUAACAAAGUCCUUUCCACAAUGCCUUUUCAACAAAAUCAUUUCAACAAAGUCAUUUCAAAAAAGUCAUUUAAAAAAGUAAUUUCAACAAAGGCAUCGAAACAUAGUCAUUCCUUCAAAGUCAUUCUUACAAAGUCAUUCCUACAAAGUCAAUUCACCAAAGUCAUUUUAACAAAAGAAUGUUACGUUUCAUUUGAAGGCCUUGUGUUCGGCAGCCUUGUGUGCCAUGACUUUCUGACCCUGGGCAUUCUAUGGAUACAUGAAGGGCAGUGAUUAUUUCAGAAAUUUCCCCGGGGGGGGGGGCGCGUGGGGGGGGGGCGCGGGCACUUCAGAUUUUUCAGGGGGGCGGGCUGCAGUGCCAGUUGAUUUUUUGUUGGACAAAUUUUUGCUCAGGGGGGGGGUCACAUGGCUUUACCCGGGGGGCCAGAGCCCCCUCCCCCUCCCCCCGGACAAAUAUAGCAGAAAGAAAACCUGAAUACGGGUGCCGUGUAGAUAAAAAUUAAUUUAAUUAAAUUCAAACUAACUUUAAACACAGUCAACAAUGGGGUAAAUGGAGGUAUGUCUAAGGGGUAUAGAGAUGUCUGUCUUAGGGGUAUAUGUAUGUCCGUCUUAGGGGUAUGUGGAUGUUCGUCAGAGGGGUAUAUGGAUGUCUGUCUGAGGGGUAUAUGGAUUUCCGUCAUAAGGUAAUAUAGAUGUCUGUCUGAAGGUUUUUACACCUUGCAAUAUUUACAUUUUGUAUUUUGCUGUGCAAUAAUUAUAUUUUAUUUUACACAUUCUCAUGACUAUCUGUUAUAUUAGACAGUGCAAUUUAUACAUUCUUUAUUUUACACUUUAAAUAACACGAGCCAAAAAUUAUAUUUUAUAUUAUAAAGUGCAAAAAAAUAAAAUGUUAUGUUGCCUGUAAUAAUUAUAUCUUAAAUUGCACAGUGGGAUAAGGAUAUUUUCACUGUGCAGUCAAAUAAUUUAAUUUUAUAUUACACAUUACAAGAACUACAUAUUUAUAUUACACAGUACAAUAAUUAUUUCGUCAUCUCUUUAACACAGAAAGGAGAUCUACCUUGACUGGAUCGGCAAAACCCACCUGGACGUGGACAGGUAAACCAGGCAGCUAGGUCAGGCGUCCUUCCUUCCCACGAUGGCUGUAGACCAUGUCCGAAUAUUUCUCGUGUCCUGCAACGUCCUGGCCCUUGUCGUCGGCCACGUCGCCCACGAGUGGGGUGAGGCCCCGCUCUGGGAAACGACGGAGGGCCCAGUCCGCGGCUUCACCACGACAACCAAUGAGAAGAAAGUCGACGUUUUCUACGGGAUCCCGUUCGCCAAGCCCCCGAUCGGAGAUCUCCGGUACCGGCAACCAGAACCCAUCGUGCGUCGGGGAUACACCCUCAAUGCCACCAAGCUUCCCAAUUCUUGCAUCCAGAUCAACGAUGAGUUUUUCGGCGACUUCUCCGGCGCCACAAUGUGGAACGCCAACACGCCGACCAGCGAGGAUUGCUUGUAUCUCAACGUGUGGGUGCCCAGGACUAACCCGCCGUACAAAGAUAAGGCUGUGAUGGUUUGGAUAUACGGGGGAGCGUUCUACAGUGGGUCCUCGACGCUGGAUAUCUACAUGGCCCACCAUCUGGCCGUCGAGAAUGAUGUUAUAGUUGUAUCAAUACAAUACAGGGUCGGCACCCUGGGCUUUCUGACCCUGGAAACAUCGGAAGCGCCAGGGAACGCCGGAUUGGGGGACCAGAGGAUGGCGCUUGAGUGGAUCUCAAAAAACAUCGAAAAAGUCGGGGGGAGUCCCGAAAAUGUGACCAUCAUGGGAGAGAGCGCCGGUGCCGUCAGCGUGGGCCUCUUGCUUCUUUGCAACACGUGCAGGAAUUAUUUCCAAAAAGCGAUCCUCCAAAGCGGUUCCCCUCAGGCGAAAUGGGGGGCCCUGCCGAAACACACACUUGUUUUAAGGUCACGUUUGUUAGCCUCAUUUUUGGGUUGCUCCAAGGACGGAGACGACGGUUACGUUGCGCGCUGUAUGCGCACCAAGAACGCCACAGAUUUCCUGAAAAAAGAACAGACGAUCUCCACGGGGAUGGUUCAGUUCCCUUUCGUCCCGACGGUGGACGGCGUGCUCAUCAGCAGGGACCCGAAGGAGUCGUUAGAUCACGACCUAUUCCCACAAAUUCCAAUCCUCAUCGGCAGCAAUGAAAAUGAAGCGACCUAUUUCAUGCUUUACUUUGCAGAGUGGUUCCGCAUGAACACAAGCAGCCCCAUAAGUAAAACCUUAUACCCAGAAAUCGUGGCGCAAAUGUUUGAUUAUUACCCAUAUUUCCCAGAGUCGAUGAGCAAAAUCGGGAAGGACGCCAUCGCAUUUCAUUACAGAGACUGGGUGAACCCCGACGAUGAGAUAUUGCUGCGCAAGUCCUUGGACCGCGCCAUCAGCGACUUCUACUUCGUUUGUCCGGUCAACUAUUUCGCCAAGGCCUUCGCGAGAAAAAACCUCCCCGUGUACUACUACUGGUUCAAUCACAGGUGGUCGGCGAGCCCGUGGCCAGAGUGGGCCGGGGUCCUCCACGCCGAUGAGAUCUGGUUCACGUUCGGGCAUCCCAUGAACGGCUCAUUGUCCUUCACGGAGGCGGAGAAGAAGCUGAGCCGAGACAUGAUGAGAUACUGGACGAAUUUUGCCAAAACCGGGUCAGUCAGCUUAUGGGGUCGGAAUGCCUUUUAGAGCAUUGUCUUCGUUAGCGGACCAGCAUCGUCAUAAUAUAAGAGAUAAGAAUAGCUGAAAUGAGGAUAUUUAUUUUUAAUUAAAGAUGAUGAUUGGAAUUUGAGAAGGAUUGCUUAGGGGUGUUAAAAAUAAUAAUGUUACAAGUUGAUAAAAUGAGAAUGUUAUUAGGUGAUAAAAUAAGAAUGUCACUAGAACAAAUUAAAAUGGCUUUUUUUUUUUUUUUCCUUCAAAGGAUAGUGGUGAUUGCUAAAAAAGUAUUUGAUUUUGUUUGUUACAAAAAUUUUUUUGAACUCAGGAGAAUUAUUUUUAAAUUUGUUACAAGUUGAUAAAAUGAGAAUGUUAUUAGGUGAUAAAAUAAGAAUGUCACUAGAACAAAUUAAAAUGGCUUUUUUUUUUUUUCCUUCAAAGGAUAGUAGUGAUUGCUAAAAAAGUAUUUGAUUUUGUUUGAUACAAAAAUUUUAUUGAACUCAUGAUACUUAUUUUUAAAUAUUAAUGAACCAAGAAAUCGAUAAAAACUCUAUAAAUUCGAUAAACUGGUUGAUUAGAAAUGAUUACAUGGAACUACCAGCAAUAACUUUGUAUUCCCUUGCGACAUGGCAAACUCCAAACUCGUAAGUUCUGAAACUGCUUUCUAUUUCUUGUUGUUUCUUGUUUUGCUUUCUCUGUUGAAGAAAGCUCUCAGUCGGAAGUUAUACAUUCAUAUUCCUCUUUUUUUUUCUUUUUUAAAUCUCAAGCUGCAACAUACCUUUUGUUGUCAAGCUUCAUCAUACAUUUUAUUUCAAGUUUCAACAUACCUUCUAUUUCAAGUUUCAACAUACCUUCUAUUUCAAGUUUCAACAUACCUUCUAGUUCAAGUUUCAACAUACCUUCUAUUUCAAGUUUCAACAUACCUUCUAUUUCAGGUUUCAACAUACCUCUAUUUCAAGUUUCAACAUACAUUCUAUUUCAAGUUUCAACAUACCUUCUAUUUCAAGUUUCAACAUACCUUUUAUUUCAAGUUUCAACAUACCUUCUAGAUCAAGUUUCAACAUACCUUCUAGUUCAAGUUUCAACAUACCUUCUAUUUCAAGUUUCAACAUACCUCUAUUUUAAGUUUCAACAUACCUUCUAUUUCAAGUUUCAACAUACCUUCUAUUUCAGGUUUCAACAUACCUCUAUUUCAAGUUUCAACAUACCUUCUAUUUCAAGUUUCAACAUACCUUUUAUUUCAAGUUUCAACAUACCUUCUAGAUCAAGUUUCAACAUACCUUCUAGUUCAAGUUUCAACAUACCUUCUAUUUCAGGUUUCAACAUACCUCUAUUUCAAGUUUCAACAUACCUUCUAUUUCAAGUUUCAACAUACCUUCUAUUUCAAGUUUCAACAUACCUUUUAUUUCAAGUUUCAACAUACCUUCUAGAUCAAGUUUCAACAUACCUUCUAGUUCAAGUUUCAACAUACCUCCUAUUUCAAGUUUCAACAUACCUUCUAUUUCAAGUUUCAACAUACCUUCUAGUUCAAGUUUCAACAUACCUUCUAUUUCAAGUUUCAACAUACCUCUAUUUCAAGUUUCAACAUACCUCUAUUUCAGGUUUCAACAUACCUCUAUUUCAAGUUUCAACAUACCUUCUAUUUCAAGUUUCAACAUACCUUCUAUUUCAAGUUUCAACAUACCUUCUAUUUCAAGUUUCAACAUACCUUCUAUUUCAAGUUUCAACAUACCUUCUAUUUCAAGUUUCAACAUACCUUCUAUUUCAAGUUUCAACAUACCUUCUAUUUCAAGUUUCAACAUACCUUCUAUUUCAAGUUUCAACAUACCUUCUAUUUCAAGUUUCAACAUACCUUCUAUUUCAAGUUUCAACAUACCUUCUAUUUCAAGUUUCAACAUACCUUCUAUUUCAAGUUUCAACAUACCUUCUAUUUCAAGUUUCAACAUACCUUCUAUUUCAAGUUUCAACAUACCUUCUAUUUCAAGUUUCAACAUACCUUCUAUUUCAAGUUUCAACAUACCUUCUAUUUCAAGUUUCAACAUACCUUCUAUUUCAAGUUUCAACAUACCUUCUAUUUCAAGUUUCAACAUACCUUCUAUUUCAAGUUUCAACAUACCUUCUAUUUCAAGUUUCAACAUACCUUCUAUUUCAAGUUUCAACAUACCUUCUAGUUCAAGUUUCAACAUACCUUCUAUUUCAAGUUUCAACAUACCUCUAUUUCAAGUUUCAACAUACCUCUAUUUCAGGUUUCAACAUACCUCUAUUUCAAGUUUCAACAUACCUUCUAUUUCAAGUUUCAACAUACCUUCUAUUUCAAGUUUCAACAUACCUUUUAUUUCAAGUUUCAACAUACCUUCUAGAUCAAGUUUCAACAUACCUUCUAGUUCAAGUUUUAACAUACCUAUUAGUUCAAGUUUCAACAUACCUUUUAUUUCAAGUUUCAACAUACCUCUAUUUCAAGUUUCAACAUACCUUCUUUUUCAAGUUUCAACAUACCUUCUAUUUCAUGUGUCAACAUACCUUCUUGUUCAAGUUUCAUCAUACCUUCUAUUUCAACUUUCAACAUACCUUCUAUUUCAACAUUCAACAUACCUUCUAUUUCAAGUUUCAACAUACAUUCUAGUUCAAGUUUCAACAUACCUUCUAGUUCAAGUGUCAACAUACCUUCUAUUUGAAGUUUCAACAUACCUUCUAUUUCAAGUUUCAACAUACCUUCUAUUUCAAGUUUCAACAUACCUCUAUUUCAAGUUUCAACAUACCUUCUAGUUCAAGUUUUAACAUACCUUCUAGUUCAAGUUUCAACAUACCUUCUAGUUUAAGUUUCAACAUAUCUUCUAGUUAAAGUUUCAACAUACCUUCUAUUUCAAGUUUCAACAUACCUCUAUUUCAAGUUUCAACAUACCUUCUAUUUCAGGUUUCAACAUACCUCUAUUUCAAGUUUCAACAUACCUUCUAUUUCAAGUUUCAACAUACCUUCUAUUUCAAGUUUCAACAUACCUUCUAUUUCAAGUUUCAACAUACCUCUAUUUCAAGUUUCAACAUACCUUCUAGUUCAAGUUUUAACAUACCUUCUAGUUCAAGUUUCAACAUACCUUUUAUUUCAAGUUUCAACAUACCUCUAUUUCAAGUUUCAACAUACCUUCUAUUUCAAGUUUCAACAUACCUUCUAUUUCAAGUUUCAACAUACCUUCUAUUUCAAUUUUCAUCAUACCCUUUAGUUCAAGUUUCAACAUACCUUCUAUUUCAAGUGUCAACAUACCUUCUAUUUCAAUUUUCAUCAUACCCUUUAGUUCAAGUUUCAACAUACCUUCUAUUUCAAGUUUCAACAUACCUUCUAGUUCAAGUUUCAACCUACAUUCUAUUUCAAGUGUCAACAUACCUUCUAUUUCAAGUUUCAUCAUACCCUUUAGUUCAAGUUUCAACAUACCUUCUAUUUCAAGUGUCAAGAUACCUUCUAUUUCAAGUGUCAACAUACCUCUAUUUCAAGUUUCAACAUACCUUCUAUUUCAAGUGUCAACAUACCUUAUAGUUCAAGUUUCAACAUACCUUCUAUUUUAAGUUUCAUCAUACCCUUUAGUUCAAGUUUCAACAUACCUUCUAUUUCAAGUGUCAACAUACCUUCUAUUUCAAGUUUCAACAUACCUUCUAUUUCAUGUGUCAACAUACCUUCUUGUUCAAGUUUCAACAUACCUUCUAUUUCAAGUUUCAUCAUACCCUUUAGUUCAAGUUUCAACAUACCUUCUAUUUCAAGUGUCAACAUACCUUCUAUUUCAAGUUUCAACAUACCUUCUAUUUCAUGUGUCAACAUACCUUCUUGUUCAAGUUUCAACAUACCUUCUAUUUCAAGUUUCAUCAUACUCUUUAGUUCAAGUUUCAACAUACCUUCUAUUUCAAGUGUCAACAUACCUUCUAUUUCAAGUUUCAACAUACCUUCUAGUUCAAGUUUCAACUAACCCUUUUCCACUAUUUCCUACUUAAUAUAACAUAAUGACAAAGAAAAACUAACGAUAAUACCAGAGCUGAUUAUAGGUAUGCUAAAAAUCCUAGUAUGAGGUACGAUAUAAUAAUUUUUACAAACAUAUGAGGAUGAUAGACACCUUCAUGGUAUUUUAACAUGCUCACAUCACUCUGAUGUCCUCAUGAAAAAAAAAACAAAAAACUUUAAAUGGUUCUCUAAAGACUUUUUGUCAUUUGAAUUUCCCUCAAAGAUCGAAUAACUCUGCAUGAUUCGUGCUAUUCUUGCUUCGUUUCGAAUCGCAAACUGGUAGGACAAUGAAGGCUCAGUAUUUCCUUAAUAGAUCUUAAAACAAUAGCGAGCACAAAGUUCAAAGGUCACACAAUGGCUGACUCUUCUGAUUGAUCAUCAGCUCUUUGUUUUUUUUCCCCCCCACAGCAACCCCAACAAAUCUCCUGGCCAAGAUCCGGUCAACGAGUGGCCACUGUUUCGUGAGCACGAGCAGGCGUACCUCAACUUGACCAUUGCCUCAACCUCGCCCGGGUACCCGUGGGGGUUCGCCCCCCGGGCUCAAGACUGUGCAUUCUGGGAUAUCUACCUGCCGCAACUUCUAACCCAAACUAGUGAGUACUGCUGCGCCAUCGUGUCUCCGUCCUGCCCGUGCCCUUGUAAGAUUUGCUGUUCAAACCCACAUGCCUGCCUCGAUCGCAGCCACGGAGACGCCCUGUAAAUACAUCAUGAAUUAGAGUGACGUAUUUCAGUUGACCCCUGGCAUUUGCAUGAACGUUUGAUGCGUCAUCAUUUCUUCAAAAAAUUUCUUCUUUAAAAUAUCGUUUACAGCUGCAUAUUUAUUCAAAAAUACUAACUUUUUCCUGUUACAUUAUGUAUCGUUAUAUAAACCCCAUUUAACCCCAUUUACUAACAAGAAAACCUGCAUUUGAUACACGGGUUUGCAAGUUAUAUAAGGGUUUGCAAGUUAUGCACGGCUUUGCCAGUUAUACAGUGGUUGGCAAGUUAUACACGGAUUUGCAAGUUAUACACGGGUUUGACAGUUAUACAGGAGUUUGAAAGUUAUACACGGGUUUGGCAGUUAUACAGGGGUUUGCAAGUUAUACACGGGUUUGGCAGUUAUACAAGUGUUUGCAAGUUAUACACGGGUUUGGCAGUUAUACAGGAGUUUGCCAGUUAUACAGGGGUUUGCAAGUUAUAAAGUGGUUUGCUAGUUGUACAAGGAUGUCUAAGUUAUACAGGCAAGUUACUUAUUGUGUGGGUUCAUCCAUGUCAAUAAUUGGUUUGUCAGUUAUUCGAUCCACUAAAGAAUCGCUUUCUGACUUUAUUGGUCCUCUAAAGAAUUUUUAUCUGACUUUAUCGGUGCUCUAAAGAAUUGUUAUCUGACUUAAUCGUCAAGACGUUAUUAUUUGGAGAGUUAAUUACUUUUUGAAUUUUCUGUUUUUUAAUAUUUUUUUUUUUUUUUUUUUUUUUUUUUUUAAUUUUUUUUUUUUUAAUAUUUUUUUUUUUUUUUUUUUUUUGAAUUAUAAUCAUGACUAUCCCAUGUACUAGCAAUUUACCUGAUAUCUAAUAUCAUGACAAUCUCAUAUACUAGCAAUGUACCUGUUAAUUAAUAUCAAGACAAUCUUAUAUACCAGCAAUUUACCUGCUGUCUAGUUAAGCUUUCAAGCCCAAAUUAAGUGUUCACGUAGCACAAAUCUAAUCCUUUAAGUCAGUGGUUCUCAACCUUCGUAAAGCUGCGACCCUUUAAUACAGUUUCUCGUGUUGUGGUGGCCCCGAACCAUAAAAUAAUUUUUGCUUCUAUUUCAUAAAUAUGUGUUUUCUGAUGGUCUUAGUCGACCCCUGUGUAAGGGUCGAUGGACCCCCGCCCCCCCCCCCCCCCCCCCCUAAAAAUUAAAUUAUGAAAGAUUUACACUAUUUUAGACCCCAAGUCCUUCUCUCCCUCCACCUGUCAUUAACACCCCCCCCCACACCUAACCCCCCCCCCAAAAAAAAAAAAAACUAACCUAAUAUGUAUUGAGCCCCCCAUUGCAGGAAUGCACUGACACUGCUUUUCGCACGCUGGUUUGCCGAAUUGACUACCUUCAUACGUCACUUCCUGUCUUUUCUUAAAGUCUUGUUUCGUUUGUGUUUCGUUCCACUUCACCUACUAACACCGAGCAUGCCAAAGUCCUGCAGCACCAGCUAACGCAUGGGUAAGUGCCAUUCACGACAUUGUCAGGGCCCGAGGGGGGGGGGGGGGGGGACAUGGCGCAAACCGGUGGGAGGAGUGGCGGGCUUAAGCCCCGAACGGAUUAAGUUUUGCCCACAUCAGCAGCCGAGAUAGAUCGGGCCCGUCAUCAUUAUCCUAAUUCAUAAUAAGGCUUCAUUAAUUAUUCUUUAUAUUAUAUUUAUUCAGAGACAUCCUUCAUAAAUAUUAUGCAAUACAUAUCUAUGUAAACUUACACUUUACUCUAUGAAUUACAUACACACAAAUAUAGUUUAUUAGCAGGGUUACAGACCAAAGAAUAUUAAUCAGCUUUUAUAAAGUUUCAUCUGAUGGAUAUAUAUGUUAUAAUGUAUGAUAUAUAUGUUAUAACAUAUGGUAUUUAUGUUAUGACGUAUGGUAUUUAUGUUAUAACAUAUGGUAUUUAUGUUAUAACGUAUGGUAUAUAUGUUAUAACAUAUGGUAUUUAUGUUAUAACGUAUGGUAUUUAUGUUAUGACGUAUGGUAUUUAUGUUAUAACGUAUGGUAUUUAUGUUAUAACGUAUGGUAUUUAUGUUAUAACAUAUGGUAUAUAUGUUAUAACAUAUGGUAUUUAUGUUAUGACGUAUGAUAUUUAUGUUAUAACGUAUGGUAUUUAUGUUGUAACGUAUGGUAUUUAUGUUAUAACAUAUGGUAUUUAUGUUAUAACGUAUGAUAUAUAUGUUAUAACAUAUGGUAUAUAUGUUAUAACAUAUGGUAUUUAUGUUAUGACGUAUGGUAUUUAUGUUAUAACGUAUGGUAUUUAUGUUAUGACGUAUGGUAUUUAUGUUAUAACGUAUGGUAUAUAUGUAAUAGCGUAUGGUAUUUAUGUUAUGACGUAUGGUAUUUAUGUUAUAACGUAUGGUAUUUAUGUUAUAACAUAUGGUAUAUAUGUUAUAACGUAUGUUAUUUAUGUUAUGACGUAUGGUAUAUAUGUUAUAACGUAUGGUAUUCAUGUUAUGACGUAUGGUAUAUAUGUUAUAACGUAUGGUAUUUAUGUUAUGACGUAAGGUAUAUAUGUUAUAACGAAUGGUAUUUAUGUUAUAACGUAUGGUAUAUAUGUUAUAACGUAUGGUAUAUAUGAUAUGACCAACACCCAAAGUUUAGUAAGUUUUUUUUUAACUGACCGACAAUUUCACACAGGGGUCAAAUGAAAGUCAUUAAAAUUUUAGACUGACAUUUAGGAGGAGUCCUAUGAGAUAAGCCAUUAACGUAGUAGAAUGAGUCUUUACAAAAAAAAAAAAAAUCAUCUUCUAAUUUUUAAACAUGUUGACAAAUGCCUUAUGAAAUUUUCAUGUCAACAUCACAUUUAAAAUAUUUUUUUUUUAAAAUAAAUUAAGACUAAACCAAAUAGGAGGUCCAUUUGUACACAAUAAGAUUCUCCAUUGUCCAAGCUGGUUAAGCCAUGCUGCCAUGUUCAACUCUCACCACAAUGUCUAUGUUGGUCAAGUCAUGUGAUUAUUCUGUUGGUCAAGUCAUGUGAUCAUGUUCAUCUCUCUCCCCACAGGAAACAUCACAGACGCCGAGACGGAAUGGAAGAUGCAGUUUAAUGAAUGGAAGACCAAGUACAUCGUGGACUGGAAGACGCAGUUCGACAGUUUCCUGCACAACUACCAGCGCAGAAUGGGGAGCUGCAGUGGGGGCAAGCCGUGAGGCAGGAUGGGGAGCUUCAGUAGGGGCAAGCCGUGAGGCAGGAUGGGG